AUGGAUCUUCCCCCCCCCUCAUUGCCGUCGAAGUCUCCAGAGGCGAUGGGCGCCUCUGGAGAUCAGCCUCAGCCCGCAAGUGGUUCAACAUCCUUGCAGCCCUCGUCUCAGCUUCCUGUGUCGUCUACUUUGCCUGGUCCUUCUUCUUCAUCGCAGCCUAUCUCCUCCUCUCCACCGUCCAAUGACUCUGGUACUGCUUCAAACACGGAGUCUACCCCAACAACGUCGGAAAAUGUGUCUGGCACUCAAACUCCCGCGCCAGCGACUAUGGUUGCCCCGCCUGUCCUGCCUUUCCGUGGAGUGAAUUUUUCCUCCGUUCGUGUCCCUCGUCCCUUGGAGCUGGUAUCACCGGCUAUGAUACUUCUUGUUAUCACGGUUGGCCAUAUUGUCGGUAUUUUUGAUAGAGAAGAUCAAAUCGACAUGGGUAUCCUGUUUUUGGUUCCCGGAUACGCUAUUCGACAGUUUUUUUCAUGGGCGGAGGCCAUUGCCUAUUACACGGAGCGUUUUAACGCAGGCAAUGUCCGGAUUGUUCAGCCCGUCCGAUCAAACUCUGAUCACACGGCUUUGUCAUUGGCGCCCACUCCCACGGUUUCAUCAUCAGCGCCUAUUCCUCCAGGCCACAAUCCACGCACUGCUUCGACUUCAUCCUCUUCCCCGCCCACUCUCCCCACAGCACCAACUUCUCGUUGUCAUCCGACUUCUUCGAAUUCCGCUGGUUCUGCGGCCUCUGCAUCGUCACGGUCUACGGCUUCACAGAAGAUUCAGGAUUCAAACGCUCGAUUUGGGACGGAACCAAACCCAAUCCCAAUUGGGUUUGGUGAUGCACUCACUGCACGCGCCAUCCGUUUGUCACGACAAUACAGGAGCCCCACGCGUGGUUCAUCGACUUCGCGAAUUAGAGCUCCUGGUACUCUGGGUAGUCCCAUUCGGCCUUCCAAGAGGCUCAGGAUCAUCAAGUCUCGCAAGAAUACAGCGGCCACGAAGACUCCGUCUUGGGAUGACUCGGAUGAAGAUGCACAGGUCGUCAAAUCUCGGACAAAUAAAGGUAAAGCGCCAGUUAGGAACGCCAACAACGACGUAUUUUCGUCUAGCAGUGCCGCCGGUACAGGACCCCCCCCGCCAUAUUCCACUACAAUCGCGGCAUCCAGUUCGUCGAACCCACCCGCUCUGGAUUCCAGCUCCUCCGCUACCGCCUCCGUCACACCUUCUUUGGCAGCACCACCGUCUCCCAACUGGGGCCAAGGCCCUUCGCGUCCAGCAACUCCCUAUCCCCCUUACACUUCUGAUGAUUUCUAUGCCGGUCGCUGGUCCUUCACAAGGGAGGAUCGCGCUCUUUUUGAGCGCCUUGGAGAAGUUAUACGGGAUGAAUUGGCUACAGCGGCGACUCCUUCGGAUUGGCCAACUCUUUCUGAUGAAGCACAUGAACGUCGUCGAGAUCUUCUCCGUGUAAUUGGACAGCACCUUGUAGGAUUGUAUCCAAGAUCGCCUCAGCCCACUUCGUCGUCAUCGAAUGCCCCAAAUGUGCUCAUCAAUGGUGCAGGUUCUUCACAGAGUCAGGCAGGGUCUUCACAGAGCCAGGCAGGUUCUUCACAGAGUCAGGCAGGGGAUUCCUUACCUGCGGAUGUCAUGGACACGUCAUCGGAUGGAAACACCUUGGAUGAUGGCUUGGAAAGACCGGAUGAGCCGUGA